AAUUGUUUUGUCUCAGUAAAUUACACAGGAGAAACAAAUAUCGGUGGCAGUCAUUGCGUCUUCUCUGAGAAGCCAAAAUAAUGAAAAGGUAAAGCCUUUGAGAGAGUAGCAGAGAGAGAGAGAGAGACUAGAAGAAGCUUCUUCAAGAUUCAAGACUAGCUUGUUUUCCAAGCCAGCCAUUCCCUUUCUCUCACGCACAAAAAGCUUCUCUUUUUUUAUGCUUAUAGUUACAGUUCCGUCAACCAUAAAAGCUUUCACGCCGUUUCCCACGAGAAACCGGUCUGAUCCUCUCACGGAAAAGCAUUCCCAUUCGACCAUCACUCUCGCCUAUAAAAACCUAUUUCCCACUCACAUUCACCGACUCGGUACUCAGUGCUCAGUAGCCGCUUCUUCUUCUAUGGCAAAGAUCAGGGCUUUGGGGCUUUGCGUAGUGCUUGCUUUGUGUCUGUUGCAAUGUGGUCAUUUGUGGGUGUUGGCGAUUCUGAACCCGGUUGAUUUUCUGGCUCUGCAAUCCAUCAGGAAAGCUCUCGAUGACUUGCCCGGCUCGAAUUUCUUCGCUUCCUGGGACUUCACGUCCGACCCAUGUAAUUUCGCCGGUGUUUACUGUGGCUCCGAUGAGGUUAUCGCGCUCAAUCUGGGCGAUCCAAAGGCCGGGUCUCCGGGUUUGACGGGUCGGAUCGACCCGGCGAUCGGGAAGCUCUCUGCUCUAGCGGAGCUUUCGGUCGUUCCGGGUCGGAUCUUCGGCGCUCUGCCACAAUCGGUUUCGCAGCUGAAGAACCUCAGAUUCCUCGCGAUCAGCGGGAACUUCAUCUCCGGCGAUAUUCCGUCGAGUAUCGGUGAGCUCCGGAGACUCCGGACCCUCGACCUCAGCUACAACCAGUUCGCCGGAGGAAUCCCCCGGUCCAUCGGGACCCUACCAGAAUUAUCCAACGUCAUCCUCUGCCACAACCGCCUCUCCGGUACGGUCCCUCCGUUUCACUCCCAGAGCCUGACACGACUCGACCUCAAGCACAACGCUCUCUCCGGUUCUCUCGGACCGGAUUCUCUGCCUCCCUCUCUCCAGUACCUCUCUGUCUCCUGGAACCGGCUCAGUGGACCCCUGGACCGGCUCUUGACCCGGCUCGACCGGCUCAACUACCUGGACCUGAGCAUGAACCAAUUCUCGGGUACGAUCCCGGGUCGGAUCUUCACGUUCCCAAUCACCAGCCUCCAAUUACAGCGCAACGUCUUUUCGGGCCCGGUCCAACCGGUUGACCAGGUGAGAAUUCCGACCGUUGAUCUCAGCUACAACAGGCUGUCGGGACAGAUCUCUCCAAUGCUCUCGACCGUACAGAAUCUAUACCUGAAUAACAACCGGUUCACGGGUCAGGUACCUGCAAGCUUCGUGGACCGGUUACUGGCUGCUACCAUACAGAUACUGUAUUUGCAGCACAAUUAUCUGACGGGGAUCCAGAUCAAUCCAACGGCUGACAUUCCAGUGAGCAGUUCGCUGUGUCUACAGUAUAAUUGUAUGGUUCCGCCCCUCGAGGUUCCGUGUCCGUUGAAGGCUGGGAAGCAGAAGACGAGGCCUACUUCGCAGUGUAACGAAUGGAAGGGGUAGAGAUGGAAAUUGGAUACGUAGUUCCUGGGGGCAGAAUGGGAAGAUGAGAUACACGUUGGUUAUUGAUUCUUCUUCAUGUCUAUUUUUGUCGGGUUAAUUCAUUUAUUAUUUUUGUGAUAUAGUGGGUUAAAUUCGGAAUAAGGAGAGAUUUGUGGAUACCUUGUAAUAUUUUGCUAAAAAAAAAGAAGCAAAUAUAGUGUAAGCUAUUUAAGCGAGUUCGUUAUUAUUAUUAAUAUAUGGUCCCUUUUUUUUUUUUGCA